AUGACCAAGCUUCCUCUCGAACAUCCUCCAUUUCCACCCCUUCAUCUAGUCGAGAGUGACAAAGACACCGUCGUUGACCUCGCCAACAUCGUCGUGACUGAGGCGAUCGAAGACUACGAACUGCACUUCUCUAACCACCACGGACUUGUCGAUACGACGCAGUGGGUCCGAGUCAAGCAAGUUGACGACAACCUGGUCGUGUACCAGGACCGCCAAGCCCUGAAAGAGCGUCGAUUGUCCCGUGUCAAUCGAUCGCGUCCUUCCGUGGUCCUCAAGAGCAGCGAAAUCCUCAACUUGCUCUGGUUCGGGACGAUACGGGGUGACCUGGACGACGUCAUGUGUGCAGUCGUGAACCGCACCGCAGAAGAAGCCAAGGUCAAAGCAGCUUUCACGGAGAGCACGAUGCUGGACUUUGCUGUCCUGGAGACCCUCGUCCACCCGAAAGCGUACGACCCGUUCCGGAGCGUGCAAGUGAAGUGGACAGUCAAUGCCGGUCCAGCUCUCAUGCGGUCGGUCGUGCGCUGUCGAGACUUUGUCUACCUCGAGUCCACGGGGAUGACAACCAUGUCCACCGGUGAACGCGUCGGGUUCCAGCUCCUCCAUAGUGUAUCGAUCCCAGCAGCUCCGGAACUCCACCAGUACAAGUUCGUCCGGGGCAACAUGACGCUCUUCCACUUGUUCCGACAACAGAGUGACGGGGUCAUCGAGACGUACGUGAAAGCGUUCGUUGACCUGAUGGGCGAUAUGCCCCUCCGAGUCGCUACGACGCUGGUCACAAGCGGGAUGGUCUCGGUCUCGAAGCUAGCCGAGUACGCGCUAGCGAAGAAGCUCAAUUGGCAGCUCAGUCAGCGACGAGUGAUCCUCCCCAGCAAUCGGUCCAAGUUCUGCCACGUCUGCUGUAAACUCCUCCAAAGCAGCAUCAUGCGACGACGGACGUGCAAGAUCUGUAUGAAUCGAUGCUGUGCACGUUGUUGCGUGUCGAAGAAGCUGUUCUUCACGUCCCCACAGAGUCGAGAAGUCGUGCAGAAGACUGCAAUAGCGUGCAAAGAGUGCAUUCAAGUUGCGGCGGCCCGAAACGGAUUCGAUGUUGCACGGGAUGAGCUCCUGAAGAGCGAUCGACAGGCUCAAGCAUACCUGUACUGGUCCACUGUCUCGCCAACAUCCUCGACAUCGUCCAUGAAGCUGUAG